AUGUCCGACUGUGCAGGACCAGACCCAGCCCAGAUCAGCUUCAUUCCAGACCCUGGCCAAAGAGACCCCAGAGAGAGAGGGGGGAGGCCCCACUGUCUCCCUCACUCCCAUCCUCUAGUCCUGUUAAAGGCCAACUUUGUUUUACAUUCACAUCCGCUACUCCCCUCUUGUGUUGCAGACAGUCUCUGUUGUAGGUAAGAACACACACUCCAAAUAAUCAGGAGUGUGUUAGCCAAGAGCAGUAGUAGGCUGGUGAGGAAAAUCAGAUGAUUUGGUGAUUUGUCAUUGAAUGAUCUUUCUUUCUUUCUUUCUUUCUUUCUUUCUUUCUUUCUUUCUUUCUUUCUUUCUUUCUUUCUUUCUUUCUUUCUUUCUUUCUUUCUUUCUUUCUUUCUUUCUUUCUUUCUUUCUUUCUUUCUUUCUUUCUCUCUCUCGCUCUCUCGCUCUCUCGCUCGCUCUCUCUCUCGCUCUCUCGCUCUCUCUCUCUCUCGCUCUCUCUCUCUCUCUCCCCCCUCUCUCUCUCCCAAUGUCUGUUCAGCAGAAGAGGUGGCCUUUUCCUCUAACUACCCUGUAAUAUUUCAGCCUGUCUGGUUAAUGGGGAGAUAUGAGAGGUGCUGCUAGGCUAUCUAGCGUAAUAAGUCAUUGAUUAGAAGGCCUUGUCACAGCAGCAGCACAGCAGACACCAGGGCUCUAAUUGCUAUAUUAGACGACCUCCUUAACUAUCUCGUCAACCAUCACACAGCCCCAGCGUGUAAACAGGGGGGUGCAUGUGUGUGAUAUUUCACUUCAUCUCUGGCUGCCGCUGUUUUAUACAAUGGCUUUAGCGAGUGUUGUUUAGCCUUUAAUGCUGGUUUGAGGAAAACCUGAUAUUGUUCAACUUUGACCUCUGAAUUGUGGUUUGUAAGAUGAUAGGAAAUGGAGAUCAUAUUGUUUUGAGGAAGUACUAGUGUGUGUGUAAUUGUGUAAUAAAUAGAGAAUUGGCCGAUGCCAAGUCCAACAUGUUAGCAAGCCGGACAAAUCCAAAUAAACACUUUGAUUCAGCUCUCAUGUCGAGCCCCAAGGUAGACAAACAACCGUAGCAGAAAGCAAAGACUGCUUUCUCUGCAGAUUAGCUACAUGGUUGAAACGAGAGUAGGUGCUUGAUUUUACGCCACACCUGUGAUAGACAACCAGUUUGACACACUAAAGGUGUAAUCCCCGCCCCCCACCAUGCCAAAAACGAAAUGAUGUCCCUGUCUGCCCAGAUGCCAACCUACUGGGUGGAUGUGGUGUGAUUUGGUGUAAUUUGAUGGUUAAUCUGGGAUUAGCUCGUGUUCACUUUGAUACCUCCAUCCUGCUAAUCUGGUUUAAAAGACCUAGGGGAUUUAAUCCUAUUACGGUCACGGUCAUGUUAUGGUUACGGUCAUGUUACACUGGAGUGGCACUUUAUACUUGACGUACCGCAGUAGAAUGACAUGGCUAAUACCGUGUGGCAUGAGGGAUUACAUGUAGUCAUGGUUACAGUAUGUCAUUCUGUUUGAUAUUCGGUCCUACAAAACGUUGACUGCUUGUAUUACAGUACUGAACAGGUACAAUACACUAGCAAAGGUUAGAAUGUUACUUGAAUGUAUAAGUGUGUCCUUUGCCAUAUGCAGUGACGGUAUGAACACUGGUUCCUAUGAUUGUGUUAUUGCUGACCCUCAGUGACGUGUAACUGCUGAUGGGGUGCUUUCUGCAUGGGUUGUUGUGAAAUAUGGGUCAUCUGCAUCAUGGACUACGACCCUGUGUGUGUGUGUGUGUGUGUGUGUGUGUGUGUGUGUGUGUGUGUGUGUGUGUGUGUGUGUGUGUGUGUGUGUGUGUCGCCUCACUGUCACACUGCCGGUCACAGACGAUAAAUCAGUUGCAGUGAGAUAAGAUAUUUAGAGUGUGAGGUAAAUUGAUAAAGUUGUUAAAGUGCUGCUGGGUUAUGACUGUAGUGUAAGAGAUAGUAUGAGGUUGAUGUAAUGUUAGAAGAGCUCUUUACCUUUGGUUUUGCGACUCUCUUGGUGCAGAGAAGAGCUGCAGACUUACUCUGAAGUGGGGAUAAGACGCACAUACUUUAUCGACACGCAUGUACACGUACUCACGCAUGUAUGCAUGCACACACACUCUUGUGCAUACUCACACGAUGGCAAAGAACCUUGGAUAUGAUUGUGAUUUUCCUGUCAAUAUAAAUAGACCGCAAUCACAUCCAUCAUCUACUACAAUACACAUCAUUUCCUUUUACAAGCGUGGUUGAAUUUUUUACUCUGUAAUUUCAGUGAUUACAGAAGAUUUUGCAGCCCUAAGCAGUCUAACACAGAAACACAGACUUCAAACAUUUGGGAUUGACUCCACAUCCUUUUCACCAAACGUGAAACAUACAAUCCACAUGCUGUUGAAUCAGUGCAAAGUUAUUUAUUUACAAAUGUUAUCAACACCUCAGGCCCCAUUCGGUCUGUGAUUCAGGAUUGUGAGUCGAUGGCUACAAAAAUAUUGGAAGGAAAAAUGUUAGCGCUGACUGGCUGUUUUAGAAUAAAACUCUUCCUGGAAAAGGGAUGAUUUCCAUAGCAGGGUCUCGCUACACUAAUCCACUACAACCACAAAUAUUUCCCCCCCUUUAAGCAAUUUGUCUUUGAAGACCGAGAGGGUUUUCGAUGUAAUUAUUUUCAUUUAUCACUUUAAACUUUUAACAUAACAAUGGACUGAUAAGGCAAGGGGUGCCAACGUUGAUUAAUAUCCAUUUUUGGCUUUUGGGAAUUUUUCCUCCCUUCUUUUUCCCCCUCUUUUCCCUCUCUCCCUCGUUCCUAGUCCAGAGUCCUCUAUCCCUUCCAGAAUUCGUGUCAAUGAGAAAUGUGUGGCUUGGAGCUGUAUACAUUUGGAAGCCUCUAACACAGUCAUUUUUCAAAAUCCUUGUUCAUGGUGGAUAUUGUUCGUAGUUAACGCGGUUACACAGACCCCACAGAAGAAUGGUGUGAGGCGGACCAUAUGCCAACUAUAUUUAGCUGUCAAAUCUUACAUUUCCAUCAGUGAAAUCCACACUAUAAACCUCCACCAUAGAGGUGUGAAUUAGCCUAGCAUUUAAAACAACUUCCUGUAAAACAGACCUAUUUUUCCUGUAAAAUGGACGUCUUGACCUGUAGACUUUUAAGCACUUAUGAUUGACAGUGAUGCCUUAUCAGACCAGUGCUUCAGAUUCUGGUGGACUGAAUUGGACUCUCCUGAGCUGUCUAGACACUUAACCUCUAACCGCUAAAAGCUUUUAGGGGUCAGCUCCAGUUCAGCCUCUAGUAUUGAGUAAUGGUGACUUAGUCAAAACAAGUGAGAUAUUCAAUGAGGAGAAAAUAAAAGAGUUUGUCAGUUCAGGUGGGGUCAGGUUAUAAAUUAAUUAAAUAAUUAAUAUUAGAUUAUAACACAAAGGGCAUUGAGGGAAAUCUGGUGAUAGGGAAUUCGAGGGCUUUAACAGGUACUGACGGGGGAAAUUAAUAUUACAAUUGUAAUAUUAAAAUGUCAUUUCAUAUAAACAAAUUGUACUAUGCUGAAAAAAUUCUAAGCUAUUGCAGUACAUAAAUCUCUUUGAGAAAUUAGCUCUCUAUGUGUGACUGUGCGUUGAUGUAUUACUGGUGUAUGUCUAUUACGGUGUCUAUCUGUAAAACCCUUCAGUUCUGUCUGUGUGAUUGCUUGAUUGAUGAGUGCUCUGUAGCCUGAGCUCUGUCCUCUCCCUGCUCCCUCCAUCUCUCUGUCUGUAUGAGCAGUUGAUUGACGUGGCCUUUCUCUCUCUUUCUCCCUCUCCCCCUGUGUCUCUACAGGCCAUUCGCUGCACUCUGGUGAACUGCACCUGUGAGUGUUUCCAGCCAGGAAAGAUCCACCUGCGUACAUGUGACCAGUGCAAGCACGGCUGGGUGGCUCACGGUAAGAGACGGCCAUUUUGAAUUCUGCCGACCUACUAACCAGGGUGAUGGGAGUCACUGUGGCCAAGAUUAUCUGUACUGUAGUUGUAAUAUUUAAUUUAAUUUGUAUUUUUACAAGAAGAUAGUGUGUGGUAUGGUAGGAAAUCAUUUCAACAAUUAGUAUAUAACUGCAAUAUUGCAAUAGUUCGUCACAUUAGUCUCUCUCUCUCUCUUUCUCUCUCUCCCUCUCUUGCUCUCACUCUCGCUCUCUCCCCCCUCUCUCUCUCUCUCUCUCUCUCUCUCUCUCUCUCUCUCUCUCUCUCUCUCGCAGCCUCUUUAGUCCUGUGAAGUUAUAUGCUCUCAUAAACCUGCCUCUUUAGCCAGAGGAGAGAGCAGAGAGGUCCUGACACACACAUCUGUACUCUCCUUUAACAGGGUCACUAAAGAUAUCAGCAUAAUAUGCAGUGCCUAUAUCUUUUAUAUAGGGAUUUUUUUUUAUCCCCUCAUAGAUUCUACAGGUAACAGAUGAAUAUAAACGCUUAAAAGGGAAGAUUUAAUAUGAUUUUACCACAAAAGAUUUGAUAAAUAUGUUUACUUUUUUAUUUUUUUCAUAGAGAGAUAGCGUUCAACUUUAGUGGUUGUCCUGUAUAUGAAGUUUAUUUAAACAGUUUAAGUAUUUUAUUGAAAUACUUUGUAUGUAUUUCAUUUAAAUACUUUAUAAGUAUUUUGGUUCAAAGUCAUACCUGUACCUACUACCUUAGAACAAUAUCCACGAGAGAGACAACCUCGUGACUUGUUCAGGGGGCAUACGAAAAAGGACAUGGAGUGAAACAAAGAAGGAAGACGGAUAGCAUAGAAAGGAGGGAAUGGAGGGGGAAGAGAUAAAAGAAAACACCUGUUUGGCCCAAGCGUAGAGAGGGCCUUCAGCGAUCUGCACAGGGCCCCAUUGAAUAUUUUUAAUCUCCUUCUAUGAACUGUCAGAGGGCCCUUCUCUCCUUCGCUCUCCCCACUUUUCAUUUCAUCUCGACAUUGGCAGCCACUCUGACAAGCAGUUCUUCAUUUUUUAUGAUGUUCGUGUCUCGCAGAGUGUGUUGUCAGGCAAAGCCCUCGUCAGUGGAAAGGCUGUCCCAGGAUCAGAGGAGACAAACCCAGGUGUCACACAGACAGGCAGAGAGAGAGGGGGGAGAUGGGGGGUGAGGGAAGCAGGUGAGGGAGGGUGAGGAAGGGAGAGAGGUGGUGAUGGGAGUGAGAGGGAGAGGGGAAAAAACAGGGUGGAGAGGAUGAGAUAGGGUAGAGGGAAGAGACGGUGUUUGAGGGGAACGGAUAGGUUGUAAGGACAGGUAGAGGGAAGAGACAGGAUUAGGGUUAUAGACAGGUAAGAGGGAAAGAGACAGUUUAAGAGUAAGAGACAGGGUAGAGGGAAGAGACAGGUAUGAAGAGGACCAGGGUAGAGGGAGAGAUAGGGUAGAGGGGAAGAGACAGGGUAGAGGGGAAGAGACGGGUUAUGAGGAGGAUUAACAGGGUAAUGGGAAUAACAUGGUAGAGGGAAUAGACAGGAUAGAUGGGAAGAGACAGGUAUAGUGAAGAGACAUGUAAGUGAGGAAAGACAGUGUGGUUAGAGGGAUGAAGAUUAUGGGGAAUGGAAAGACAGGUAUAGUUGGAAGAGACAGGUAAGUGAUAGAUAGGGAAGAAGAGACAGGGUAGAGGGGAAGAGACAGGGUAGAGGGAUAGAGGGUAGAGGGAGAGUAACAGGUAUAUAGAGAUAAGGUAGGGAUAAUGAGACAUGUGAGGUAAUAGACGGUUUUAAAGGGGAAGAGACCGGUAGAGGAUGAAAUAGGUAAGGGGAAGAGACGUAGAGGGGAAGGGGACAGGGUAGAGAGAAAGACCGGGUAGAUGUGGAAGAACAUGGUAAGAGGGAAGAGACAGGGUAGAGGGGAAAAACAGGGAGAGGAAACCCCUUUGAAAAAGGGGACCCCCCAAAAAAAUGUUUUGGGUUUUUUUUAAAAAUUUGGGGGGGGGCCCCCCGGGGGGGGCCCCCUUGGGGGGGGGGGGGGGUGGAGCCCCUGUGGGGGUGGGGGGGGGGGGGGGGGGGCCCCCCCCAAAAGGGGGGGGGGGGGGGGGGGGGGGGGGGGAAAAAAAUUUUUUUUUUUUUUAUAAACUUUUUUUUUAAUUUUUUUUUUCCUUUUUUUUGGGGUUUUUUUUUUUAAAAAGAAAAAGUGGGCCCCAAAGGGAAAAAAUUUUUUUUUGAUUUUAAAUUUUAAGGAAUUUAAAUUAAAGACUUUUUAAAAACAUUUUAAAAAAAUUUUAAGGAAGGGGAAGAAUUAAUUAAAAAAUAAAUUUAAUUAAAAAAAAUAAAUAUUUUUUUAAAAAAAAAAAGAGAAAAUUUUAAAAAAAGGGUUUUUUAAAAAAAGGGGGAAAAAAUUUUUAAAAAUUUUAAAAAGGUUUUAAGGGGGAAAAAAUUUAGGGAAAGUUUUUAAAAAAAAGGGGGUUUUUAAAGGGGGAAAAAUUUUAAAAAAUUGGGAAUUUUAAAAGGGAAAGGGAAAAAUUUUAAAAAACAAUUUUUUUAAGGGGGUUUUUAAGGGAAAUUAAUUUAAAGAUUUUAAAAAAAAACAGGGAUAGGAAAAACAUUUUUUUUAAAAAAUUUUUUUUUUUAAAAAAAUUUAAGGGGGAAAAAAGACAGGGGAAAAAACAGGUAAGGGAAAAAAUUUUUUUAAAAAACAGGGAGAAAAUAAUUUAAAAACAUUUUUUAAAAAUUAAUUUUUUUAAAAUUUUUUUUAAAAACUUAAAUUUUUGGGGUUAAUUUAAACCAUUUUUAAAAAGACAAAAUUUUAAAGGGGGAAAAGGGGGAAAAUUUGGGGGAAAAAUAAAAAAUUUAAAAAAGAAUUUGGGGUUUAAAAUUUUUUAAAAAUUUUUUAAAAUUUUUUUUGAAAAUUUUUUGAGGAAAAUUUUUUUUGGGGGGAAAGAGGGGGAGUUUUAAAAAAAAAAGAAUGAAGGGGGGGGGGAAAAAAUUUUUUUUUGAAAAAAUUUUAAAACCUAGAAAAACAGGGGAAAAAGAAAGGGGGUUUAAAAAAAUUUUAAAAUUUAAAAGGGGGUUGAAAAAGGGGGGAUUUUUAAAAUUUUUAAAAUAAAAUUUUUGAAAAAUUUUAAGGGGUAAUUUUUUUUUAAAAAAUUUUAAAAAAAUUUUUUUAAAAAAAAACAUUUUAAAGGGAAAAAUUUUUAAUAAAAACAUUUUAAAAAAAUUUAGUGGAAAACAGGUAGAGAAUGAAUAGGGUUAGAGGUAAAGAGAACAGGUAGAGGGAAACAAAGAACCGGGUAAUUUAAGGAAUGAGACAGGGUAAGGGGAAAAGACAGGGUUUAAAAUUUAACAGGGUAAGGGAAGUACAGGAUAGAGGAAUAGAACAGGUAGAGGGAAAGACAGGUUAAGGGGAAAACAGUAUAUUUAAGGGAAGAGACAAAGGUAGAGAGGAUUAGAUAGUGUAGAGGCAAACAUUUAGAGGGAAAAGACAAGGGAAGGGGUGAAUAUGGUAAGGGGAAUAGACAUGGUAUAAAAACAGGGAGAGGAAGAGACAGGUAAGGGGAAGAAGGAGGGCAGGUAGAGGGAUGAGAUAAGGGUUUGAGGGAAAGACAUUUUAGGGGAAAGACCCGGGUUUGAGGAAGAGACGGGUAGAGGGAAAACGGGUAGAGGGAAAGACAGGGUAGAGGGAUGAGACCCGGUAGAUAAGAGACAGGGUAAGGAAGACAGGUAGAGGGAAGAUACCGGGUAGAGGGGAAGAACAGGUAAGGGUAUGAUAGGGUAAGGGAAGAGACGGUUUAAAGGGGAAACAGGAAGGGAUGAGAUUUGGGUUUGAGGGAAGAACAGGUAAGGGGAAAGACAGGUUAUAGAGAUGAAGAAUAGAAAGAGACAGGGUAAAGGAUUAACAGGGUAAGGGAAGAACAGGGUAGAGGGAAGAACAGGUAGAGGGAAGAAAAUAUAGAGGAAGAACGGGGUGUGUAGAGGAAAGACAGGGUUAAUAGAAAGACAGGUAGAAUUAAGAACAGGGUUAGAGGGAAAGUACAGGGGGGAAAGGGAAAAACGGUAAGAGGAUUUAAGGUAGAGGGAAGAACAUUAGGAAGAGACAGUGUUGGAAGAGAAGUAGAGGGAAACCGGUAGUAUAGACUGGAGGAGACAGUAGAGAGGAAGAGACAUGACCUUAACAGGGUGAGGGAAGAGACAGGGUAGAGAGGAUGAGACAGGGUAGAGGGGAAGAGACAGGGUAGAGGGGAAGAGACAGGGUAGAGAGACAGGGAAAUAAUGUUCUGAUGAGAUUAUAAUAAUGUAUUUGUAUAAUAAUAAUGUAUAAUAAUAAUGUAUUUGUCACAUGCUUCGUAAACAACAGGUGUAGACUUACAAUGAAAUGCUUACUUACAGUGAAAUGCUUACUUAUUUACAAUGAAAUGCUUACUUACAGUGAAAUGCUUACUUAUUUACAAUGAAAUGCUUACUUACAGUGAAAUGCUUACUUAUUUACAGUGAAAUGCUUACUUACUUACAGGGAAAUGCUUACUUACAGUGAAAUGCUUACUUACUUACAGGUGAAAUGCUUACUUACUUACAGUGAAAUUCUUACUUACUUACAGGGAAAUGCUUACUUACAGUGAAAUGUGCACAGUACUUACAGUGAAAUGGUUACUUACUCACAGUGAAAUGCUUACUUACAGUGAAAUGCUUACUUACAGUGAAAUGCUUACUUACAGUGAAAUGAUUACUUACUUACUUACAGUGAAAUGCUUACUUACUUACUUACAGUGAAAUGCUUACUUACUUAAUAAAGUGAGGUAGAAAUGGAAAGAUGAGACAGACAGAGGGAGAUGGGACACUGUUGAGGGAGGGAGGGAGGGAGAGAUGAGACACAUACUGUAGGUACAAACAGAGAUUGAAAGGGAGAUGAAAAGAGGAGAGGCAGAUAGGUGAGAGACUGAGAGAGAUUAGACUAUAUAGAGAAAAGGCAGUCAGUUACAUUAAUGCCAGUGCUUUUAUCUCCUAGUUGUUAUCUCCCUGCACUGUUACCUCCCAGAGAAGGCUGGAGACAGGGGGAAACGUGAUAGUCAUUAACUGGAGAGGCUGGCAGGGGUGCGUCUGUGUUUAGGCACCUGCAUAUGAAUAUACCUGCACAGUGGUAUGCAAGAGGGUUUCAGGACGGGAUUCAAAGUUCCCUGUAUGUAUGUUUAAGCCUACUCAUGUUGGUGUGUGUGUCCUUGUCCCCCCCGUCCCAGCGCUGGACAAGCUGAGCACACAGCACCUGUACCACCCCACCCAGGUGGAGAUAGUUCAGUCCAACGUGGUGUUUGACAUCAGCAGCCUGAUGCUGUACGGGACCCAGGCGGUGCCGGUCAGACUGAAGAUCCUGCUGGACCGUCUGUUCAGUGUUCUGAAGCAGGAGGAGGUGCUCCACAUACUGCACGGCCUGGGCUGGACCCUGAGGGACUACGUCAGGGGCUACAUACUGCAGGUACGUGGGACACACACACACACACACGGUUCAGAUACAGACGUGUGUUACUAUAGCCGUAACAGACAGACGCAUACGUAA